UUCCUUCGCUCCAGCUCAGUGGCAGCAGCGGCAGAAGAGUAGAGACAGAUCCUCCUGACCCGCUUCGUUUUGCUGUUGGUUCCUAUUGGUUAGUCCGGGUUCUCUCCCCUUAAGCGCGAGGGAAUGGAGGGAUGAUCAAGAUCGGUUCAUCACCGCAACAUCUUCCUUCUAUUUUUCCUCCUCUACCUCCGCCUUCUGUUCUCCUGUCGCUUGGUCUCCGCGCUCCGCAUCCACCGCUGGAGCUGUGGCCAGGAUGCGGACUCCGCUGCUCGGCCAGGCUGCGGUGUUUGCGGCCCUGUUGACCCUCUGUACCUGCCUGACAGGGUCUCACAUAUGUCCCCACAGUUUAGACUGUGCCCAGGCAGGACGACAUUUCUGUCGGCCAGGCAGCUCACACUGCGGGCCCUGCUUGCACCCUCUGGUGGAAAACAGUCAUGGCCGCUGUGUCGACAGGAGGAGACAUGCUCAUCAUUCUGCUCAGCCUGCUAAAGGUAAGGAGAGGACCUACCCUGAGCUAGAUGAGGAGAUUGACUUCCUGUCGGCCAUCAUCAGUGAGCAGAGAACUGAGUCCAGGAUGCCAGCCCCACCAUCCCAGUACUUUAAGUUAAAGAAGCUCAUCGAGCCAAGCUCGGUGCACAGAGGAUCCCCCACAGAGCAGCCCACCAGCCUGAGCAACCUACUCAACACUACAACUCCACCUUCCAGCACCAACCACACUCCUGGUCUGCUCGGCGACCCCCUUAUCAUCGCCUACCCCUCCAAUGACCACGUGUUCAUCAUUAUUAGCAGCGUGUUCAUCGCAGCGGGUUCACUGGCCUUGAUCAUAGCAGGAGUCUGUUGGAUCAGACUGCAGAAAGGUGUGCGACUAACUCAGAAGGUGGACUACCCUGCAUAUGGCAUGAUAAAAGCCCAAACCUUUGGCAACUUUCCUGGGGACAAGAAGCUGGCCCACAGUGCCCAGAUGUACCACUACCAGCACCAGAAGCAGCAGAUGCUUUCCCUGGAAAAAAGCAGGGAUGAGCCCAGGAUUCCUGACUCAGGAGCAUCAACGGAUGAGGAGAACGAGGAUGGAGAUUUCACUGUGUACGAGUGUCCUGGGUUGGCACCAACAGGAGAGAUGGAGGUGAAGAACCCGCUGUUUGACGACUCCAACCUUAACCUGCAGAGAUUCCACAAGUAAACCUGGACCUUCACAUGAUUUCCACUUCAACUGCAGCACCUGUGUGUACUGCUCCCUGAAUUUACAUACAUGUACACACUCAACGUGCACUGAUAUACUCAGUCCAGCCUAUCUGGAGAGCCGGACCGAAAUAGUGAGGUCCUGUACGGUGGAGGAGGAGGAGGAGGGAGGGAGGUACACAUGGAAAUGUUGGGUUCAUGUUUGCAGUGGUACUGAAUGCGAGUCUCGUGCUCUGCAGUCUUGUUCAGUUUCAUUUUCAGUUCAGCGGUAAAUCUGAGUUUGUUGGAUCUAGAUGGGGUGAAUUUGUGUUGAUCAGCUAGCAGACUGCAGUGCAAACGGUUUCUGGAGCCACUGGAUUACAGUAUUAAUCGUGAGUUGAUUUCUGGCUGUCCUCAUCUAUUCAUCAGUAAAUGCUCCUUUGUUCACUGAGUUCUAACUGCGAUCUUUGGUUUUAUUAUGACAUUUGGUUUUGAUUUUAAAAACAAGAGCAGUUUUAAUGUUUGAUGAGCACUCCUCCAUGCAGCACCCUCACCUGUAUCAGAAUGUUAUGUAGCCAGUGUGUUCUCAGUCUAGUUCCUCUAUGCAUGAAAUGAUGAUGCUAUGUAACAAACCCGAGUCAAUAUGCAGUUUGUACCUCAAACCUGCUGCUAAUAUUUAUCCUAUACAUAUACUGUAUGUAUAUAAAUGAUUUCAAAGUUAUUUGAAACGUCUCUAUCUGAGCUCUGAAACAGAGAGUCCUUCCUGUACUGAUGGGAUCUGGCUAACAUGGCUUGUCUCCAUGGUUUUGUGAUGUGUAAAAAGCAGCUGAUGCAAACGGGACAGCAUUGAUCCGAUCCGUUACUGGUUCCUUUGGCUUCCUGAAUGCCGGGACAAUCUGUCUGCUGUUGCUUUCUUUAUUUUCAGAGAUCUAUACAGGUGGUUAGAGCUCUGCCUACUAUCAGGGUCCAAACAUAUUUCCAUGAUAUUUCUAGCUGUUAUUUUAAGAUGGUGGAGGUGUUUUAUGUCAACGGGAGAAGCAGAAGGAGUCCAUACAGCUGUGGGACCUUUGUAAGAACUAGAGAUGCACCCAUCAGAUUUUUGUGGCCAAUUUCUAAUUUCAGUUCUACUCGAGCUUUAUCCUGCUUAUACCGAUUUUAGCUUACUCUGAUGUCUCUUUAAAAACUAUGAAAAGAUACACAUAAACAGCAAUAGACACAGAUAUUCUUUAGCCUUCCUGCAAAUUAAGGGUCAAAAAGGCAACAAUGGAAACAGUACAGCUCGUUCAUUUGUUCAUUUGCACUGGAGUUCAAAGUCUGACCAGCAGGUCUGUCACAGUCUCAGGCAAGAUGAUUGGCUGACAGAUAAAUAAAUACAUGAUGUGCUGAAUCCAUUUCACUUUUAACAUAAAAACAUUUACAUUUCAAUUAUUUAUUCCCACAAUUAUUCAUUUAAGUCAUUUAAACUGAAAUAACUCUAGAUUUUUUUUAAUUUAGUGUAUGCAUUUCUAUUUUAUUUAAAUGAUCACUUUUAUAAAUCUUUAUUUAAGAACCUAUUUAGUUACUGAAUUUUAUCACUUUUGGCCUACCGUGCCUGAUGUGAGCAGUCACUAAAUAUUUAGAUCAGCAGCAGAGAUGACAUCAGGCUUUAAGUGUGAGAGAGAAGAAGAUGUAAAAUUGGUUUUACUAUUUUAAAACUAUGACACUGCCUUUAGUGUCUUUUAUUCACAAAUAGAUCUGGAGACUGAGAAAACAUGACCGUGCUGAAAGCUAAACCUUGCCUCACUAACUGUUAACAGCCAUCUCUGUGUGUAUAUUCCAGGGGAUGUAGAUCAUUAUGUUAAAUGUGAAAUUUCCAAAAGGCUGCCAACAUUUCCAAAUCCAGAAUGUUACCUGACACAGAGGUUGGAAAGUCAAAGGAAAUAAAACAGUGAGACUUUAUUGUACUCUAUUCAGCCUUCCUGUUAUCUGCGGAAAGCUCUCUCUUGCAGCCUGGAUAGACCGCAGGCAUGUCUUGACACGAUAUAACAAUAACAGUUUACAUCUCUUUCUCAACAUCUUUUCUGAUUCAUUUUUGAACACCUCACUGAUACUGAAAGCUAACUCCUGUCAUCAAUCUCCAAGUAACAACAUUCACACCUAAGAGUGUGUUGUCAGUUUGACCUGGUAGCUUAGAUACGGUGUGUUUGCUGAUUAAAAAAAGAUCAAACUAUGAGCAUCUGAUCAACUGGUUCAGGCCACGCUAAGCUGAAAAUUGGCUGAUUCUGAUCACUGGCCAAUUUCUUGGUGCAUCUCUAGUAAAAACACAAAUGUCUUCAUCCUAUUGAGUCCUAACUGAGAAAAGGUUUUUAAAAUCCAAAUAGUCUUACUGCCACAAUUUUUAAAAACAAAAGUGAAUAUUCAAAACUGAGUUUAAACGGUCCAGAUUUAAAAAUUAUUGACCUCAGAAAUAUGCUUAUUAUGGCUGUGGAGGAAUGAAAUUCAACAUAACAUGAAGCUGAAAGUCAAACAUAUUGCAAUUUCAUUAUAAUCAAAACACAACACCAAAACAUCCCUUUUUUCUGACCUCUGUAUUAGUGACUGAGGACUCAACAAGCUGAUGACUGAGUGGAUGUUUUAUUUAAACAGUUAUAGUACAGGCAUUUAGAUAUAUUUAAUAUAGCUGUCUUGUUUAAGUGAUGUAUUUGAAUGGAACUAACUGUAUUUGUAAAGCUGCUAAGAGCACUGUUACCGCUGUCCACCUCAGAUCAAUGUUCUCUGCUUUUCCUUUGCUAAAGACAAGCUCCUCACCUGUGAGAGCUACAAUGUCUGAGCCUGGAUGUACACAGCUGCCUGUUUGUGGCUGUUCAGCAGCAGAGCUCAUAGAUUUUACUGCACCUCCAGGGUGGGCUUCAGGGACACUGGUGAGACAGGAAAGCUAUGCAGGAAGCUGGGAAUGAACUUCUCGCUUUGUCUCAUCAUCGGUGGACAUGUGAAGAAGCUUGUGUUCUGUCACCAGCCGGGACACUUCCCCAAAUAGGACAGGCAGCACAGAAACACCUCCAGCAGGCAAGGUUUCAGUGUUUAAAAGACUAUUUUAUCCAAACUGACAGAGCUUGUGGAACAAAAUGGACAAUUCCCGGGGCACGCAAAGCAAAGAUCAAAUUGUCAUAUUGUGUUUUUUAUGUUAAGAUGCUGUUUAUUCCCCCGUGCUUAAAAGCUAAACAUAAUCCUUGUUGUUUUUUUUGUCUUUUGGUUUUUUUCUUUCGGAUUGACAGAUCUGUGAAGGAACGUUAGAACAGGUAAAUAACUUUGAUAGAAACUGUCUUUGGCCUCAUAUGUUCCCACCUUGUUUAGCUUGCAUGUGCAUAUAUCAGAGCUGUAAUAAAAGAAAUAAAUAUUUAUAAGAUCUUAA